AUGCCCGCGCAGUUCAAGGUCGCUGGGCAGAACGCGGUGCUUCCGAUCGCCCUCAACACCACUAUGCUCCCUGACGUCGUGCUCACCGCUGCGAAUAUGUGGCUGUCCCGUAUGAAAUCCAUCGUGCGCAACAGUGCUGACCGUGCUAUCGCGCGCAGCUCCCGCUCCCCGCCUCUCCUGCCUCCCCAGCAAGAUUCCCAACCCACACCACACCAUGCGCUACACUUCUUGCUGCUCGUCGCGUAGCGUUGACCUUACAUUGGCUUAAUCGCCGGUCAGCCUAUCACAGAGAAGACCGUCGGACA